AGCCCAUUAGUUUUUAGCCAAAUCUCUUUACCCAAAACCGCCUGCUCCACGACAACACCCCUCAGACUUCCGCUAUUCCCCUGCGCAGCAACCCACGCCCAAGGGCCAAGGCGAUUCGGCCGAUUCAGACCUCCGCAGCUCCGCUGCCUCCGCGUCUCCAGUCGAACCGCACACCACACGCCUGCACGCCGCCACCUGCAGUCAACCAGCCGCCCGCCUUCCUCACUCCCUCAGACCCUCAAGCUCCCUGCUCUGUUGCUCCCGCCUGGCCGCCUCUGGGCCUCCCUCAGUCCAGUCGUCCGGUGGACUUCCGAUUAACAAGUCAAUCCAUCAGUGAAGCUAUGGCAGAUUCUUUCUCCUUCCUGGGCAGCUACACCACGUUCCUCAAGCGCGACAAUCCUCUUCCUUCGUGGACCGACGCCGACGUGGAGGAGUUCAUUUCAUCUGACGCCGUUCACGGACCCGCGCUGAAAUCUGCUCGAGAAGUGGCUCAAUUUGGUGCUAUAGGAAGCAUAGUUGGAGGUGUUACAACUGCAGGGUGGGCUUGGAAGUACUCUAAGAGCCCCCAUGGUGCUUUACUGUCUCUUGGAUUUGGUGCCAUGUGUGGUUGGACGUUCGGGCAUGAAAUUGGAAGCCACUGGCUGCAGCUUUACAGGUAUAACACUAUGGAUGCACAAGCUAAGUUCUUGGAGUGGUGGCAGAAUAAAGCUGGAGGGCAGUCUUAAAUUUUACCACUAGCGGGUUUUUCCUCUCCUAUCAAUAAUAAGAUUCAUUUUUUGUGAUUGGGUUCCAUGAUGUGGUUUUGGAAGCUUUUAGAGCUGCAAAGUUGGAUUAAAUUUAUAAUGUGUGAACUGGACUGCUGCUGCUAUUAUGUGUGUGUUUUUUUUGUUUUUCUUUGGAUCUGCCAAAUGAAGUUUUCCCGCUUUAACUAUUAGCAUAUUUAGUUUUUUGUAUAAUUCAGGUGUCAGGGCUUAUCAUUAUCCUAGUUAGCUUUUUUC